UUCUUUCUCCUGCCAAUAGAGAGUUUCCCGUUCGGCUGAGCGGAGACCUGCCUUUAUGCUUAGUUCCCGAAGUGUUUUCAGGCGUUAUGGAUCCUUUUUGGAAGGCGGAUGAGUCCAGUUACACGGUCCUCUGAUGUCAAAUGAUACAACUUCUAGCGUUUAAUGACUUGUAAACUCGCGAAUUAUUCUGGACCGGGUUUUGCUGGCUGUCGGAAUCAAAUGGAUCUAAAGACUGCUGUGUUCAACGCAGCCCGGGACGGCAAGCUGCGGCUGCUACAAAAACUGUUGGAGAACAAAGCUGAGGAUGACAUUUCAAAACUGAUGGCAGAGAAAACAAAUGGUGCCACGCCGUUACUGAUGGCAGCACGCUACGGGCACUUGGAUUUAGUGGAGUACCUUUUGGAGUGCUGCAGGGCCCCAGUGGAAAUCGGAGGGUCGGUAAACUUUGAUGGGGAGACAAUCGAAGGGGCUCCACCUCUGUGGGCAGCCUCAGCAGCUGGACACUUAAAGGUUGUGCAGUCUCUACUGGGUCACGGAGCCUCUGUAAAUAACACAACCCUCACAAACUCGACGCCUUUGAGAGCCGCCUGUUUUGAUGGACAUCUGGAGAUAGUGAGGUACCUGGUAGAGCAUAAGGCGGACCUGGAAGUGGCAAAUCGGCACGGGCACACAUGCCUCAUGAUUUCUUGUUACAAAGGACACCGGGAAAUUGCACAAUACAUACUAGAGAAAGGGGCCGAUGUCAAUAGAAAAAGCGUAAAAGGAAAUACAGCCUUGCAUGACUGUGCAGAAUCAGGAAGUCUGGAGAUCAUGAAAAUGCUGCUAAAGUAUGGUGCUAAAAUGGAGAAGGAUGGCUAUGGGAUGACCCCCUUGCUGUCAGCCAGUGUGACUGGCAACACAAACAUUGUUGACUUCCUCACCCAGCACCCGCAGGCCAACAAAAUGGAAAGGAUCAAUGCUUUGGAGUUGCUGGGGGCCACUUUCGUGGACAAAAAGAGAGACCUUCUGGGGGCUCUAAAGUACUGGAAGAGGGCCAUGGAUAUGAGGUUCAGUGACGGCAACGACAUCCUCCACAAGCCAGAGCCAAAGCAACUGAUCAUGGCCUAUGAUUAUGCCAGGGAAGUGAACGGCGGCGACGAGCUCGACAACCUAAUCGCAGACCCAGACGAGAUGAGGAUGCAGGCCCUACUCAUUCGAGAGCGCAUCCUGGGGCCUUCGCACCCCGAUACGUCUUACUACAUCCGUUACAGGGGGGCUGUGUACGCAGACUCGGGUAACUUCGAGAGGUGCAUAAACCUGUGGAAGUAUGCUCUGGACAUGCAGCAGAGCAACCUGGAUCCCCUGAGCCCAAUGACAGCCAGUAGCCUGCUCUCAUUUGCUGAACUCUUCUCCUUCAUGCUACAAGAUCGUGCCAAGGGGCUUUUGGGGACAUCCGUGUCCUUUGAUGAUCUCAUGGGCAUCCUCUCCAAGAGCGUGUUGGAAAUCGAGCGAGCUGUCAAGCAGACCCAGCACCCUCCAGACCCAGCCCAGCUUAGCAAGGCACUGUCCAUAAUCCUGCACUUGGUUUGCUUGCUAGAGAAGGUUCCUUGCAGUGCUGAGCAGGACCACUUCAAGAAGGAGACCAUCUACAAGUUCCUCAAGCUUCACCCAUGUGGGAAGAAUGGCUACAGCCCUCUCCACCUGGCUGUGGACAGGAACACCACCUGCGUGGGGCGGUAUCCUGUCUGCAAGUUCCCCUCCUUCCAGGUCACGUCCAUCCUAUUGGAGUGCGGGGCGGACUUGAACUGCAGGGAUGAGGACAACAACAGCCCCUUGCACAUUGCCGCCUUCAACAAUCACCCAGACAUCAUGAACCUCCUCAUUUCCUCUGGGACCCACUUCGACAGCACCAACUCCUUCAAGCAGACUGCCUGUGACCUGCUAGAUGAGAAGGAGGUGGCAAAGAAUUUGAUCCAGCCCAUCAACCACACCACCUUGCAGUGUCUGGCAGCACGGGCCAUAGUAAAACACAGCCUUAUUUAUAGGGGACAGAUUCCUCAGAAACUAGAGGCCUUUGUGUUGCUCCACAGAUAACAAUGUACAGUGCAAAAUGGUGGGUGAUGCUGCCGUACUUGAAUGGGGUGUGAGGGUUGGCUGUGUAUUUGUCCCUCCCUGAGCUCUUUGAUUGUAUUCACCAGCUUUCAAUAAACUCAGAUGGCUUUGGUAUGCUUUAAUUCAGAAGUAUUCUCCUCGACUCCAUUUAUAGAUUGCAUACAUCAGCAUGAAAACGACCUGUAAUGUGGCAUACAUGUACAGUAUUUUGUACAAAAAAACAUUAAAACCUUUUUUUUCCUUUGAUUGAAAAUUACUCUAAUUCAUCCUAUAGUGAUCCCUGAAAACAUCGCUAAAGUCCCAUCUGCUUUAGUAUCGUUUGUUUCUAUGCAAAAUUUGUAGGGUCUUUGGGACUGGUUUAAAAGUUUUUACUACUUUUGCUGGUGUAUGGAUUUUAUGUAUAUUUGCAUCUCUGGUAAAGCUUUGUAUGCUCUUAUUUCCCUUGUGUUUUUUUAAUUCUUGUUGGUUACAUAAAUUGUGGACCAUUUUGUUUUAGCACCAUGAAGCUUUAUGGACUGGUUUAAUGUUUGCAAAUACCGCAAGUGCUUUAUCUUUUCUAUGCACUGGCUUCAGUAUGCAACUGUUCUGUGUUUGCUCUUCUCCAUGCAGUAACAAGCUUUUUUUUUUUCUUCAUUGGGAGUGCUUGCCUUGCAAAGAACAGAUUUAUUUUUUUUCCCUCAACAAUCCACGGGUGUGUUAAUAUGACACUUGCUUUUCUCUGUGUAGGGCUAUUGUUUUAAUGACAGGUGUCCUGUCGUACGCUGCUGAGUUUGAGUUGAAUAGAAAAAGUAAGCUAUUUAUCAUCCACCCACCCGACAAUUUUAUUCAGCAAAGACAAAGUGCUAAUUUUAUUCUGUAAAUUGAGGGAUAACAUGUUUUUUGUGUCUAGUGCUUUAAUUACAAGCUGCAUUUUUUGUUUCAUUUGUCUCUGAUAAGACUUUUUCUGAUUAAUUACAGUAAAGAACACACUCAACUCAACCUGAAAUGUAAUGCUAAACAUUGUAAAAAGGAAGCAAGAUUCUUAUUUAUUUUUUUGCAUUUCCCAUUAAGUGCUGCAUGUGCCAGAAUACACAUGUAAACUGCAUCAGUAUGAAGGGUUUAUCUGGCAUUACUGCAGCAUAUUAUCAGUAUUCUGUUUAAAAGAAUAACUGUUAUGGAAUUUGACAUGUAUUUUAAGAUUUCAAGAGGAGUUUGAUGAAGUUCCUGUAGAAGUGUUACUAUUGUGUUCAUUUCACUGUUGACAUAACAAAAUCAUAGAUGCCCUGCUAAAAUUUAAGGUUGUUUUUCAGUUUGAAUCGUGUUUUGUAGAUCACCUUUGUUCUUGCGGGAGAAAGGGCUUUUCAUAUUUCAUAAGGAUUGACACUACAAGUUAAACCAGUUCAGGUAAUAACUGUAACUCCGCACUUUAUUUUUAUGGCAUAUAUGAUUUACUGGCAUAUCAGCCCUGUUGAUGUCUUAAACAAAAUGUUCACAAUAAAACAUGUUGCACUUGCUUUUC